AUGGAAUAUACACAUGAGCUGAAGGUGCGCAUCAAGGAUGGUGUUGCAACUCACGGCAUCACGGGCAUUCCCAUCUCAUCGCUUAAUGAGGCAAGAGGAGGCGAUCCGCAUUGCAUGGCACCUGUCGCAGUUUCGACUUCAACAUCUAUCGCUCCUGACAGCACAACCGACCUCUCCACGGGCAGCUCAUUCCACGAGUGCAGUACGUUUGCCGGUCCACACAGCUCUAUCAUUAUUGACGGUGACCAUCAGGAAGAGUGUUAUUCGUCAAGCAGGCAUGUAGGUGGACGGACUGAUCCAACCAACAGAAGUGGAAAGAAGACCGCUGACCACGUUGAAAGAGCGGGAUACCUACAACCAGCACACACGACCUCUUCGGAUAUUCCUCAUGUCCCUCAUAUCCAUAUGCCCAACAAUGCAACUACUCGGGUCAAGGGACCGAGGACCCACGCUCAACCCACACCCACAUCUCCCUCGAAUGCGCGAGAUAGCGACGGCGGCCGACGUCUCGAGUAG